AUGAAGGGAGACACCAGACAACUCAACAGAGAGGAGGACGCCAGCGGGAGGGAAGACUCCAUCAUCACUAAUGGGGGCUGCAGCGACCAGUCUUCUGACUCCAAGGAUGCACCCUCACCCCCCAUCCUGGAGGCUAUCAGCACCCCGGAGAUCAGAGGUCGCAGAUCAAGCUCUCGGCUGUCAAAGAGGGAGGUCUCCAGUCUGCUAAGUUAUACUCAGGAUCUGACAGGUGACGGAGAUGGCGAGGGGGAAGACGGAGAUGGCUCUGACACCCCGGUGAUGCCCAAACUCUUCCGAGAAACCAGGACGCGGUCUGAGAGCCCAGCUGUCCGAACUCGAAAUAACACCAGUGCCUCCAGCCGGGAGCGGCCCCGGCCCUCCCCACGUUCCACCCGAGGCCGGCAGGGCCGCAAUCACGUGGAUGAGUCCCCCGUGGAGUUUUCAGCUACCAGGUCCCUGAGGCGGCGGACAGUAUCCUUGGCAGGCACCCCGUGGCCGUCCCCAGCCAGCCCCUACCUCACCAUUGACCUCACGGAUGAUGACGUGGUGCCCCAGAGCAGCAGUACCCCCUACGCCCGCCUUGCCCAGGACAGCCAGCAGGAUGGCCCUGAGUCCCCACAGGUGGACCCAGAGGCUAGAGAUGCCGACAGCGCUGAGUAUCAGGAUGGGAAGGAGUUCGGGAUAGGGGAUCUUGUGUGGGGAAAGAUCAAGGGCUUCUCCUGGUGGCCUGCCAUGGUGGUGUCAUGGAAGGCCACUUCCAAGCGCCAGGCCAUGUCCGGCAUGCGGUGGGUCCAGUGGUUUGGUGAUGGCAAGUUCUCUGAGGUGUCUGCAGAUAAGCUAGUGGCCCUGGGGCUGUUCAGCCAGCACUUCAACCUGGCGACCUUCAAUAAGCUGGUCUCUUACAGGAAGGCCAUGUACCAUGCAUUGGAGAAGGCCAGGGUGCGGGCUGGCAAAACUUUCCCCAGCAAUCCUGGAGACUCCUUGGAGGAUCAGCUGAAGCCCAUGUUAGAGUGGGCCCACGGGGGCUUUAAACCCACUGGGAUCGAGGGCCUCAAACCAAACAACAAGCAACCAGUGGUUAAUAAGUCGAAGGUGCGUCGUGCAGGCAGUGGGAACUUAGAAUCAAGGAAAUACGAGAACAAGACCAGAAGACGUACAGCUGACGACUCUGCUGCCUCCGACUACUGCCCCCCACCCAAACGCCUAAAGACCAACUGCUACAACAAUGGCAAAGACCGAGGAGAGGAGGACCAGAGUCGAGAACAAAUGGCUUUGGAUGUUAGCAACAACAAGAGUAACCUGGAAGAUAGCUGUCUGUCCUGUGGUCGGAAAAACCCCGUGUCCUUCCAUCCUCUCUUUGAGGGGGGGCUCUGCCAGACGUGCCGGGACCGCUUCCUCGAGCUCUUCUACAUGUACGACGACGACGGCUAUCAGUCCUAUUGCACGGUGUGCUGUGAGGGUCGUGAGCUGCUGCUGUGUAGCAACACGAGCUGCUGUCGGUGCUUCUGCGUGGAAUGCCUGGAGGUGCUGGUGGGCACAGGCACCGCGGAGGACGCCAAGCUGCAGGAGCCGUGGAGCUGCUUUAUGUGCCUCCCGCAGCGCUGUCACGGUGUCCUGCGGCGCCGAAAGGACUGGAACGUGCGCCUGCAGGCCUUCUUCACCAGCGACCCGGGGCUUGAAUACGAAGCCCCCAAGUUAUACCCUGCGAUUCCCGCAGCCCGAAGGCGGCCCAUUCGAGUCUUGUCCCUGUUUGAUGGAAUUGCAACAGGGUACUUGGUCCUCAAAGAACUGGGCAUCAAAGUGGAGAAGUACGUCGCCUCUGAGGUGUGCGAAGAAUCCAUUGCUGUUGGAACUGUGAAGCAUGAGGGGAACAUCAAAUACGUGAAUGACGUCAGGAACAUCACAAAGAGAAAUAUUGAAGAAUGGGGCCCCUUUGACUUGGUGAUUGGUGGAAGCCCAUGCAAUGAUCUCUCCAAUGUGAACCCUGCCAGGAAAGGCCUGUAUGAGGGCACAGGUCGCCUCUUCUUUGAGUUCUACCACCUGCUGAACUACACACGCCCCAAGGAGGGGGACGACCGGCCCUUCUUCUGGAUGUUUGAGAAUGUGGUAGCCAUGAAGGUUGGCGACAAGAGGGACAUCUCUCGUUUCCUGGAGUGUAACCCAGUGAUGAUUGAUGCCAUCAAAGUGUCUGCUGCUCACAGGGCCCGCUACUUUUGGGGCAACCUGCCGGGAAUGAACAGGCCCGUGAUAGCAUCAAAGAAUGAUAAACUCGAGCUACAGGACUGCUUGGAGUUCAAUAGGACAGCAAAGUUAAAGAAAGUACAGACAAUAACCACCAAGUCGAACUCGAUCAGACAGGGGAAAAACCAACUUUUCCCUGUUGUCAUGAAUGGCAAAGAAGAUGUUUUGUGGUGCACUGAGCUAGAAAGGAUCUUCGGCUUUCCUGUACACUACACGGAUGUGUCCAACAUGGGCCGUGGUGCCCGCCAGAAGCUGCUUGGGAGGUCCUGGAGUGUGCCUGUCAUCCGACACCUCUUCGCCCCCCUGAAGGACUACUUUGCCUGUGAAUAGCCCUCCCAGGCACCCUGAGCCCAGGAGCACUGGGGCUUGUGGGGGUAGAGCCAGCACCCAGUAGGUACAGCCCACGCUCUACCCUUCCCCAGCUCAGCAUUGUGGGGUCACGCCACACAACCUUGGCAGGAGCAGAGCCAUGUGACCCCCUCCUGGCAGGGGGAACCCAAGGUGCUGCCACCUCCUUCUGCACAAUUCAGAUCCAGCCGCUAGGAGCGGCCAAACACGGUGCUCAUUU